AUGCUUCAUUGAUAUCCAACAUUACACUGGUGCUUACCCUCACUGGCUGAGCUUGCUUUUUACGACUUUAUGAAAGCAGAUUCCCUUUCUUGAGCCGUCAACAUAAACAUGCUGAGUGCCGUAGGCAGUCUCGUUCCUUCCCCCACAGUUGACCUGGGUCUUGCCAAAGGCAGAAGCGUGUCAACAAAGAUCGCCCAAGCUGCAGACUCGACCCAUUCCGAAGGAUCUAUAAGUCCAGCAACCCGCGCCGCUCUCAACUUCCAGUAUGCAUCGCUAAGAAACAUCAACCACUGUCCAACUGGCAUGUACAUCACUCCUUCGGUGGAGAGCACCCUGAUGUGGGACGCCGUUCUCUUUGUGCACAAAGGAUACUACCAGGAUUCUGUGCUAAAGUUCACCAUAACGUUUCCCAACGACUAUCCUGAACGACCCCCAACGGUGCGAUUCUUGACGGACAUUUUCCAUCCCCUCGUCGAUCACCGGACUGGGGCUUGCAGUCUUGCACCGCGAUUUCGACCAUGGAGACCCAAAGAGCAUCAGAUACAUCAUAUUCUGCAUUUUAUCAAGAGUUCGUUCAAGGAGCCCACUCUAGACAAGCUCCACGAGGAAGAUGUUUUAAACAAGGAAGCUUUCAAGCUCUAUCGUGACAAUCGAACAUCUUUUGCGACGUUAGCAAAGCAAUCCGCAGAGCUGUCUCAAUCUCCCAGUGCUCUCUAUGACACUUCAGGUUCAAGAAAGAACCACUCAUUACGGUUUACCCCAUUGAAACCAGACGAAGUCGACGAAGUACUAGGGGCCCUCUCCAUUCAUUCAGAGGUUUCAAAGUGAGUGCCCAUGGUCAUGAGCUACCAUAUGAGUAGUAGGGUAUAUAUUACAUCCAUUCACCUAAUGUACGGAAACGUACUACGAAGGUCUAAUAAUAGUCGCAUUAAAUUGUUCGCAAUAGAGUUGUAGUUCGGAUGCCACCUCGAAGUCUGGAACA